ACCAAAGAAAGCAAAAUACACCUCCUACCUUUGACAUUUCGCUCCAUUUUUGCCCUGCAAAAAGAAGAGACUUGAGGGGUUAUUUGAACGAGAUUUCUUCUUGAUCCUAUCCUCGAUCUGCUUCGAAAACUUUGGCGCUCGAAAUAAGCCCUAACUCUCCUUUGGUACUAGUCCUCAGCCAUCUUCCUCAAGAAAUAAUCCAACCAAGCCCUAAUUUAUUCUUUCCUGCGUUCCAAUGCAAAGAUUCUGACCCCCAUGUCCUGUACUUGGCCGUGAAAACCUCAUCGAUGUCUGACCUAACUGCCAAAAGACCGUGGAAGAUAAAACCCUAACUCCAUAACGGAAUCUGAACAUGGAUGCGAAGGACAUCUUGGGAUUGCCCAAAACUCCGUUGCCUUUGCCCCAAGAAAAGAAGUCCAGACCCCAGAAAGAUUCUCAACGAAAACCAGAUGGCAUUUCGCGCGAGGUAUACGCCCUUACAGGUGGUUUGGCACCUCUCAUGCCUGCAAUCGAUAUUGCUCAACUGAAGCGGCGCAUUCAAUCGGAGAACGAAAAGAUAACGUGGCAGUGGCUUCCAUUUACAAAUUCUGCUCGAAAAGAUACUCUGCAGCUGUACCACUGGGUCAGAGUAGUAAAUGCUGUUCCUCCAACAGGUGACUAUUCGUUUGCCAAGUAUAACAAGUCUGUCGACCUUGUCAAGUACACAGAUGAGGAGUAUGAAAAGUAUUUGACUGAUCCUAUGUGGACCAAGAAAGACACUGAUCAACUAUUCGACCUGUGUGAACGGUUUGAUCUCCGGUUUGUUGUGAUUGCUGAUAGGUUCUCAUCAUCUCGGACGGUGGAGGAAUUGAAGGAUCGUUAUUAUAGUGUUUGUCGAGCGAUCUUGCUUGCUAGAGCUGCAUCUCCUGGUGAUGUUUCUGGACACCCUCUUGUUAAGGAACCAUACAAUGUUUCCCAUGAGAUUGAUCGCAAGCGUGCAUUGUCUAUGGUCCUUUCUCAAACAAAACAGCAAGAGCGCAAGGAUGCUGAGGUUCUUGCCGAAGCGAAGAGAAUAACGGACUCCCGCAUGGCUGCAAGGAGUGCUGAAGAGUCUGAGUUGCCAGUCACAUCUAAUAUUGGUCCAGAAGGUACUGAGAGGGCUAUUGUUGCUGUUGAUACAGCAUCACCUUCGUCCAGUGCUCAGUUUGCUUCUGGAAAUGUUACACCUCCAACAUCAAUGGCAGAGAGUGCCUCUGUUACAGCUUCUCUUCGCGUGCUCCGUGUUUACACGAGAACAUAUGCACUUGAUCAAAUGGUACAAGCUGCAACCUCAUCUGCCGGCCUUCGGACUAUCAAGCGGGUUGAGCAAACUUUACAAGAUCUUGGGGUUAAUUUGAAGCCAAAGGUUCCAACAAAGGCUGUAUGUGCAGAGCAUCUUGAGUUGAGAAAAGAAAUACUUACUCUACUAAAUCUUCAGAAACAGUUGCAAAAUAAGGAGGCAGAAGGUUCAUCUUAUCGCGAAGGUUCAUAUACUGAAGCACCAAGCACGCCUAAGCGGUUGCAGCGUGGCGCUGAGCAGGACCGCACAUUCAUUCCUGAUCCGAUAAGUUUUGGAGGGGAAAGAGUUGUUAAAAGGGACCAGAAACGCAAGGCACCUGGAAGGUUGUCCGAAGCUCCAUCAUCACCGGCUCAGUCUAAUAAAAGGCCUCGAAAGUUAAAGGCUUCAGAUGGAUAGGCAAGUGUCAAAGCGGCAGCAUCGAUCUCUAGGGCAUGCAAGCAUGGCAUUAGCAAACAGAAUGAGAAGCUCCUACCUGUAUUUUUGUUAGCAGUGAUGGUAUCAUGAAAGUGGCAGUCAAAUCAGUUUCCUGCUAUUGCGACAUUAGACAUCUGAGCCUAUGAUGUGAUGCGAUGUGCGCAAGAAACAAUGAAAAUGGACAAAUUCUUUUAGGCAGUAUCUUCUAUGGUUCAGGAGAUGGGGCUCCAGUUGUAAAAAGGCGGUUUCCUCGUGUAGGAAUGUUGGUUUGAUGCUGCUAUAUAUAAACCAAGUUGUUUGGGCUAAUUCCAGUGCAUUUUAUUUAUUUCGUAUUCAGCUGUUUUUAUCAUAAAAAUCAAAGGUGUUGACAUCUAAUGCCGUCUUGAGCUGGUGUUUUGAUAUUACACUCUGGGGCUGAAUUUUUAAGCUAAAAUGGUUUGAUUCGGUGUGGAAA